CUGUUGCAGACCAAGCAGCCAUUACUGUUCUUGGUAUGCCCUCUUUAAUCAAAAAUUAAGCAUGAAUACGUUACGAAGGAAGUCGAAAAGCUAACCCACUUGAUGCUGCUCUUUCCAGUAUGGCGUACGCUAUCGGAGAAUCGGUAGCAUUGAGUUCUGUUGUGCUAUGGAGUGUCCCUAAAUUUUCUUUCUCGCCUCAAGCACCCUAUUCACCCAGCUUGCUCUUCCGCCCACGCUUGCUAACGGAAUGUUUACUCCCAAUGAUAAGGAGAAAAAGGCAUUCAUCGAGCGCACCAAAGCCGAACGGCAACGACGAGAAACAGAAAGACUAAAGAAAGAACGCUUGCACAAACAAGAAAAUGCUGCUCGUAUAAUACAAUGCUGGUGGCAGAGGCAGCUGCGAUUAAAGCAUGCAACACACGACUGCUGGAAUGCCUGGGACGAGAUGCUCGACAAUCAUGCACAAACACUUGACGAUUGUUUCCGCAUUGCCGGUAUAUACUGUUUGCUCAGUCGACACCACCAGUCAGGAAGCAGAAGACGGCUUGGUGAUAUGUGUAAAUGUUUGAGCAAAAAAUUCCAGCACAAUAAUAGUGCUAUCACCUAUUAUGCACUCCUCGUCGAUUCAAGAUACCAUACUCAAUCUUUAAAAUAUUUGUGUACCAUCAUCAAGCAGUGCCUUGCUGCAGCAUGCGAGUCUUCUGUCGAUAUUCACAACCAGCAACACCUGUACCUUACAGGUACUGAACUUAGCACCUUACUUCAGUUCAUGAAUCCGAAAACAUAUCAGCAAACUACUCGAUUCUUGGACGACACUCAGUAUCGAAUGCCAGAACAUGCCAAUAUUUUGACGAGUGCAGCGCAUACAGUACUCGAUCAAUGCCUAUUGAAAUUCAAUAUACGCGACCCUGCGAUCGUUCGCAUACAGCGCAUCGUAAAACUGGAACACAAGAGUGCCAAGCAUUCAGCCGGAGUGCUAUCACCUGACGAUGGGAAAAUGGUGCGUGCAAUCCAGCUUUGGUUGACGACGAUGACUCGACUAUGCCUGUUCCCAAUAGAAUUCGCAACCGAUGAGAACCGACGAAAACAAGCGAUACAGUUCAACUGCACUAAUAUACUCGCCGUUCCUCUCUUGCCAACCAUGAUCAAUUCAAUGAUGGCUAACCAUCUCAUGAAACUGGUGGGUAUUGCCGAUGUGUUCGCAGAUAUAGCUACAAACAACAACAAUCACAGCAAAAAAAACGCGCACGCGACGAUGAUUGAAUUACUUGGUGGCAACGGUUGCCUUUUUCUCCUUGGUAAUCUAAUGCAUAUUGCCCAGCAAUUGCAGCAACAAGACGUGUCGACUGUGGUUGCCAUGGCAAAUGUAUUGAUCGAAGCCGCACAAAUGUAUUUUUCGGAUCGACAAACUGGGGCCUACACGCAUUAUCAUCCGCUAUUUAAAUGGUCGUCGUCCACUUGGGGCGAUUCGAUUGAUGCUGUCGUGUUUGAACGGGUUCAAUUGCAAAUUGAGUACCUGUGGUCGCGUACCUUUAUGGUUCAACUUUUCGCAGACGUGCUGGCAUUUGACAACGGCGGUAACCGAGCUACUACAGCAAAGACCGCUAGCGCAACAGCCCAUUCUACAAAAACUGAUAUUGGCAUUAAAUCGCGAUUGUUGUUCAAAAAGAAAAAUCAGCGCGACGAUGUUUCUAUCAUUGACAGCAAACAGUACUCCCAAUUGGCCGAGUUUUCGAUGGAUAUUGAAGCUAUAUUUUCCAUGUACAUGACACUCUCGUCCUUAUUGGCAACUCAGCGCAAGGAGAUAUUAAAUCGAAUUGCGUUUACACCGCGACUCAUGCCACAGCUUUGGCGGUUGAUGAACACGUUCGGACCACGAGGUCAAAUGGCCAUCUAUCUCGACGCUGCACGACGACAAAAUGAAGAUAUCGAAAAGGAGCCACUUAUUAAGAUACUUAAAGUGUUCUGCGAAGCGUGCUCGCUUGUAUUUCUGACGCUAGAUGACACAGACAUUUUCGAGGAUGAACAACCUUUUUCAGUUCAAGACCUGAUCAAACUCGGUAGUUUCUUGAACACGUUUUACUUUGCGCUUCUUCAACAACACCAAUCCUCUAAGGAUACGCCAUCAUCGCCCUCUUCUUCUGUUACGACAACGUCUGCCCCGCCUUUACCGUCCUCUGUUCGGUCAUUUCGAGCAGCCCAUCGAUUGUUACUCCAAAUCUAUGAUCUUGAUGUGCGCCAUCCUUUUUGUCCUACCGACCAUUGGCUGCUUGUAUCCGAUCCAAGUAUGGCAAAAUCUUCGUUGCUUGCCCUUUUUAAUCCAUCCAGAACCACCACCGCUCAGCCGUUCCUGGAUCGAUUAAGGCAAGGUGAUCCAGUGCCCUUGCGGAUAUUGCAACUGAUGCCUCAUGCUGUACCUUUCAAGACACGACUCACAGUGUUCCGCGACUGGGCCGCUCUGGAUCGUGCAAAUCUCAUGGCAACAAGCUCACGUGCAAUAAGAGUUCGGCGUCAAAACGUGCUUGAGGACGGUUACCGUGGAUUAGGCGGCUUACCGCCAAGCGCUUGGAAAGGAAACAUCCGUGUCAAAUUUGUAAACGAGCUUGGCAUGGAAGAGGCUGGUAUCGAUCAGGGAGGUCCAUUCAAAGACUUUGUCUCCUUGCUGGUAGCCGACGUAUUCAAACCAUCCGUUGGUCUAUUUUCUGCGACUUUGACAAAUAGUAUGUGCUAUCCAGCGUCAACGUCAUAUAUCCAAGGACCGCGCCAUAUUGAAUUGUUCGAGUUUAUUGGAAAGGUGAGUUAAUAUAUGAAUGUAUAGUCGGGUGAUAAGCAUAAUU